AUGGCCCCCACGGACACUGGUGCUGUGGCCCCCACGGACACUGGUGCUGUGGCCCCCACGGACACUGGUGCUAUGGCCCCACGGACACUGGUGCUGUGGCCCCCACGGACACUGGUGCUGUGGCCCCCACGGACACUGGUGCUGUGGCCCCCACGGACACUGGUGCUGUGGCCCCCACGGACACUGGUGCUGUGGCCCCCGGACACUGGUGCUGUGGCCCCCACGGACACUGGUGCUAUGGCCCCCACGGACACUGGUGCUGUGGCCCCCACGGACACUGGUGCUGUGGCCCCCACGGACACUGGUGCUGUGGCCCCCACGGACACUGGUGCUGUGGCCCCCACGGACACUGGUGCUUUGGCCCCCACGGACACUGGUGCUGUGGCCCUCACGGACACUGGUGCUGUGGCCCCCACGGACACUGGUGCUUUGGCCCCCACGGACACUGGUGCUGUGGCCCCCACGGGUACUGGUGCUUUGGCCCCCACGGACACUGGUGCUGUGGCCCCCACGGACACUGGUGCUGUGGCCCCCACGGACACUGGUGCUGUGGCCACCACGGACACUGGUGCUGUGGGCCCCACGGACACUGGUGCUGUGGUCCCCACGGACACUGGUGCUGUGGCCCCCACGGACACUGGUACUGUGGCCCCCACGGACACUGGUGCUAUGGCCCCCACGGACACUGGUGCUAUGGCCCCCACGGACACUGGUGCUGUGGCCCCCACGGACACUGGUGCUGUGGCCCCCACGGACACUGGUGCUGUGGCUCCCACGGACACUGGUGCUGUGGCCACCACGGACACUGGUUCUGUGGCCCCCACGGACACUGGUGCUUUGGCCCCCACGGACACUGGUGCUGUGGCCCCCACGGACACUGGUGCUUUGGCCCCCACGGACACUGGUGCUGUGGCCCCCACGGACACUGGUGCUGUGGCCCCCACGGACACUGUUGCUGUGGCCCCCACGGACACUGGUGAUGUGGCCCUCACGGACACUGGUGCUGUGGCCCCCACGGACACUGGUGCUGUGGCCCCCACGGACACUGGUGCUGUGGCCCCCACGGACACUGGUGCUGUGGCCCCCACGGACACUGGUGCUGUGGCCACCACGGACACUGGUGCUGUGGCCCUCACGGACACUGGUGCUGUGGCCACCACGGACACUGGUGCUGUGGCCACCACGGACACUGGUGCUGUGGCCCUCACGGACACUGGUUCUGUGGCCCCCACGGACACUCGUGGCUCCCGGGGCGGGACCACGGACGGUAGUGGGUAA